AUGUAUACAAAUAAGAUGAUAACAUCUUUAUCAUCUCGUGUUACAAAUACACUCAUCUUUAAAAGAUCAUCAUCAUCAUUAUUGAUCAAUUCGAGUAGAAGUAUUAGAUCUACUUCAGUAACAGUAUCACAACAACUACAAGGCCAAAGAUUAUAUCAAUCAAAUUCCUCUAUCUUUCAAAGAGUAUCUUCAUCACAAUCAUCAUCUAUUGUCGGUCACAGAUAUCUAUCAACUCAAAAUGUUGCCCCCAAAGUUGAAACACAAUCCAAGGAACAAGGAAAGAUAUGGAUUGAUUCAAUUAGGAAUAUUCAAUUUAGUAUCAGAGUAUUCCUUUUCGGGUCACCAAAGAAAAGUCUAAUUGGAAAUAUUGAAGAGAUUGCUCCAAAAGGUGUUAAACUCGAAGCAAUAAGUAAUGGACAAACCAAGAAUGGUUGUUAUGUUUCUGUCAAAUCUUCUACUACGAAUACUCAAGAGAUUAUGGACAAGAUCAAAGAGAAUGCAGUAAAGUACAACUUGGCAUUAAAUUGUUUGGAGGCUCGUGGUCAAAUAGACAAUAUUGCCGCUACCACUAUUCGUUCUCUUGUUAUCACUUUUGAUGGCAAGGAAAUGUCAUUGAGUAAAUUACAUUCACUCCUUUCAACCUAUGGAACAAUCAAUCAAAUGAAAACUAAGGGAAGCAAUGGAGUAUCGGUAACAUUUGCAAAGGCAGAAUCAGCAACAAGAGCCAGAAAAUGUCUCCAUGGAUUGACCAUACCAGAAAGUGGAACUACUUUAAAGAUUAAAUCUACUUUGACUGUAAGAUAG